ACAGUGCACGUACGCAGCGAACGAAGCGUUUUUGCUGCUGCGUCCGUUGCUAUGCGACUUUUGUUUGCAAACAAUUCAAGAUGCUACCACACACAAAAACAUUCCAGCACAAAGUUUUCAUACAAAAUGAGUAAUUUCCGUGAAAAGGUGCUGGCUAAUCUCGAUAAAAACAAAGCGAACGCUACAGAUCUACACCAACAGAACCCUUCGAAGACGGACGAUGAGAUUGAGGAUAUUCUGUUUCAAAAGUAUCGUACCGAACUAGCCAACAGUGGAUCCAGUAAAUCGCCAGUCCAGGCACAGAAGCAAACGCAAAACGAUGAUCCCGCAGUCGACUCGUAUCGUUACAUUCCCCGGUUUCACUUCGAGCUGCCGAAGAGUGCCGAUUCGUUAGCGCAAAAGUUGCGCGAAGAAGCGCGGACACUUUUUCUUCAGAAGCGUAGUAAGGAGCUGCUCGACAAUGGGGAAUUUAAGCUACUGUGGAGCCUGCUAGAGAAGCACCAUUCGCCGCCUAUAGUGGGUGAUGAGCAGUACAUCAAUUACGAGAACUAUUGCAAAGUGGGCAUGAUCGCAGGAGAAAAAUUUCACCGAUAUCUUACAGCGACGACGUUCUCACGGUUGUUGGCAUCGAGCAGCAAUCCUGGUAAGAUCAGUGUUAUCUCGUUGUUCAACUACACAAUGCGCAAAGUUUGGUUGCAACAGACGCGUAUCGGUCUCUCGCUUUACGAUUACACUGGGCAGGGCUUCUUGAGUGAGUCGGACAUGGAGUCUUACAUUCUGGAGCUGAUACCGACGUUCCCACAGCUGGAAGGGCUAGAAAAGUCGUUCCACAGCUUUUACGUGUGCACGACGGUGCGUAAGUUUUUCUUCUUUCUGGAUCCAUUGCGCACGGGCCGCAUUCGGAUACGGGAUGUGCUAACGUGCAGCUUUUUGGACGAUCUGCUCGAGCUGCGUGACGAAGAAAUUCCGAAGGAUGCACAGGAGUUGAACUGGUUUUCCGCACCAUCGGCACUGUCUGUGUAUGGGCAUUACCUAAAUCUCGACAAAGAUCACAACGGGAUGCUAAGUAAGAAGGAACUGAUCGGGUAUGGAUCCGGUACGCUAACGCCCAUCUUCCUCGAGCGUGUAUUUGCCGAAUGUCUUACAUACGAUGGCGAGAUGGACUACAAGACGUACCUGGACUUUGUGCUGGCGCUCGAAAAUCGUUCCGAGCCGCAAAGUUUGCAUUACCUGUUUCGCAUCCUGGACGUUGAGCACAAGGGCUACCUGACUGCGUUUACGCUGAACUACUUUUUCAAGGGCAUACAGGAGGAACUAUCCGCCCAUCGCGCCGAACCGAUCAACUUUGAUGAUGUGAAGGAUGAAAUUUUCGACAUGGUUAAACCGGUUGAUCCGACCCGCAUUACGCUCAAGGAUCUGAUCAGCUGUGGUCACGGUGAAACGGUCGUUUCCAUAUUGAUUGAGUUCCACAAAUUUUGGGCGUACGAAAACCGGGAAGUAAUGGUAACUUCAACCGCUAGCGAAGAUACGCACAACUUAUGAUACAACGCCAAGGGGGAUGAGGUCGAACGGGCAAGCGAAGCUGAUGAAUGUCGAACGGUAUUCUAGGGACGGUGCAAGAAAGAAACAUUCCUACUAACUGCGAGCGAUCAGUUCACAUCAGUAUUCUAAACGUGAUGGCUUAUGUCCCGUUACCAUGUAUUACACCAAUCCAGUGCAUUAUAAAAAAAAACGACAAACAAGGACUGAUAAUAAACGAUGCCUUUAUGUGCUUUUCUUUA